AUGGAUAUUACUACAACUCACUUAACAAAAGAUGAUGUAGUAAAGGAGGAACCAAUAAAACUCUUCUCUCCAAACACUCCAACACCACCACUAGAAACCAUUUUUCUAUCAAACAUUGAUCAAGCAGUGAUUUUCUCUGUUGAAACACUCUCCUUUUAUGAACUCCCUCCAACAAAAAGCACUUCAACACUUGGCAUUUCUGAUUCUGUCAAGAAAGCAGUGGCUGAAGUGCUUUUGGUUCCUUACUAUUUCUUGGCUGGUAGGCUUGACUUCAAUCAUGAAGCCAACAGGUUUGAGCUUCUAUGCAACAAUGCUGGAGUUCUCUUUGUGAGUGCAACUUCAAGGCUCACUUUGAAGGAUCUUGGCAAUCUCUCUGCCCCGAAUUACACGUUUCGUCAUUUCAUUCAUCGGCCUGGUUUAUACAAAAGUCUAGCAGAAACAGCACUUUUCACAAUUCAGGUGACAAGGUUCAAAUGUGGUGGAUUUGCUCUUGGGUUCGCGACAAAUCAUGGUGUACUUGAUGGGAAAUCAGCUAGUGAUAUGUUCCACAACCUUGCCUCAAUUUGCAGAGGUGAUGGACUAAAAGCCAAAGUCAUCAACAAUGACAGAACAUUGUUCAGAGCAAGAAAUCCACCUCAGAUAAAAUACCCACACAAGGAAUAUGUAAAGCUCAAAAAAAUUUCAUCUCUAGCUUCAUCAUUCUCCUCAAAAAACAAAACAUCCCCAUCCCCUCUAAUAUUUUUAGAGAAGUAUGCUCACAAACUCUUCCCAUUCACUCCUGAAAUGAUCAAGUCACUCAAAGAGAAAGCAAUGAUCAAGUCACUCAAAGAGAAAGCAAUGAUCAAGUGCUCGAGCUUCGAAGCCAUUGUGGCUCACCUUUGGAAAGCAAGAACAAAGGCAGUGUUUGAAAACUUGGACGAGUUUUCAACUGUUCUCUUUGCAGUGGACAUAAGGUCAAGAGUCUCACCACCAUUGCCAAGUGCAUUCACAGGUAAUGCUGUGAUCACAGCGUUUGCCACCGCGAAAGUGAGCGAUGUGGUUGAGAAACCUUUGUGCUUCUGUGUUGAGAAGGUGAAGGAAGCGACGGAGAGAGUGACAGAUGAGUACGUGAGGUCAGUGAUAGAUUGGUUGGAGGUGUACAAAGGCAUUCCUGCAACUUGUAAUGGGACUUUCUAUGUGUCAGCUUGGUGGAAGCUGCAUUUUCGUGAUCUCGAUUUCGGCUUCGGGAAACCUGUGCACUGUGGACCAGUUGUGAGUGGGAAUGAUGAGUUUGUUUUGCUGCUUUCUGAUGGAACUGAUGAGGGAGGGAUUAAUAUGUGGAUGGGGCUUGAGAAAGAGAAGAUGAAGAAGUUCAUGGCUCAUGUUUUUGAGAUAUGA